GCAGCGUUCACUCGGUUCACUUUGUGGAGUUUGGACGCUUUCGUGCUGAAAGCGGCCUGAAAGCAUCGUUCCAUCUUUUCUCAACGUGUAACGAGCAAUAAAGAUGGACUGACGCUUUCAGCACGAUAAGCGCCCAAAGCGAACGGAUGGGAUCGCCGACGACGCACGCCGACACGUGAAUCACGUGGUUCGUACAAGCAAGAAAUAUAGUCGACAUGGAGGUGCUCUUGAAAGAAUUAGCUGUGGAACUGUACGAGAUUCAGGCCGUGAAAUUCGGGGAAUUUAAGACGAAAAUCGGUUUAAAAACGCCGAUAUAUUUUGACCUGCGUAUAAUUAUCUCUCAUCCAAAAUUAAUGGCGAAAUUAGCGAGAGCUCUGUGGACACUGGUGGACGAUCCUACGAAAGUGUCCAGAAUUUGUGGUGUCCCGUAUACCGCCCUGCCACUAACGACUUUGAUAUCGGCGGAGGAAAAUAUUCCCAUGUUGAUGAAGAGAAAAGAAGCAAAAUCGUAUGGCACGAAGAAGUUAAUUGAGGGUGCCUUCUCACCCGGUGAGACUUGCGUGAUCAUUGAGGAUAUUAUCACGAGCGGUAGUAGCAUUUUAGAAACUGUCGACGCCUUGAAGAAGGAAAAUCUGAGUGUGACGGAGACUUAUGUGGUAAUCGAUAGGGAGCAGGGUGGCAGAAAGAAUCUCGAGAAUCAUGGGCUCAAAGUCAAGAGUCUGUUUGUGACUACGCAACUCAUGAAGUAUCUCCUCGAGGCUGGAAAGAUCACACCUGAAAUGUUCAAGAUUGUUGAUGACUACCUGGCAACAAAUCGGGCACCGAGCGUUUCUGUUCGAGGUGUGCCGGACGACAGACUGGAGCUGCCAUAUAGUAAACGCGCAAAAUUAACAAUGAAUCCAUUGGCCUCAAAACUGCUGGAGCUAAUGGAAUCGAAGCAAACUAAUCUCUGUUUAGCGGCCGACCUAAAGGAAGCGGACGCGAUUUUGGAAUUAGCAAACGUAACGGGGCCUCAUAUUGCCGUGCUGAAGACUCAUGUGGACAUCAUAGAGGAUUUCAAUGAAAGCUUUAUUCUUCGGCUUAAGAAACUGGCGAAGCAGCACAGGUUUUUAUUGAUGGAAGAUCGCAAGUUUGGCGAUAUUGGCAACACGGUAUCGUUGCAGUACAGACACGGCUUGUACAAGAUCGCCGAAUGGGCCGACUUGAUCACGGUGCAUCCGGUAUCGGGAGCGUCUGUCAUCGACACGCUGAAGAAAAGUGUGGAGAAUAUCAGCGAACCCCGUGGCAUUUUCCUGGUCGCCGAGAUGUCGUGCGAAGGUGCGUUGACCACCGGCGAUUAUACGAAGAGCGCGGUCUCGAUGGCGGAGAAAGCCUCCGAUCUGGUAGUAGGCCUCGUGAGCCAAUCCAAUCUUUCGGCGCAACCCGGACUGCUCCAACUGACACCCGGUGUCAAGCUGUCCAAAAGUGGCGACGGGUUAGGUCAACAGUAUAACGAUCCGCGAUCUGUUAUCAAUGCCGGUGCUGAUUUAGCAGUCGUUGGCAGGGGUAUCACGCAGGCGCCUGACGGUUAUCUGAAGGCCACUUUAGAAUACAAAAGGGAACUUUGGAACGCGUACGAGGAGCGGAUAAAUGCAUUCAAUAUUACAUAGUAAUAUAUUGUAAUUGAUAUAUAUCAUUUACAAAUUAUUUUUCUACAAUUUUAUCUUCUGUUCCAGCGGGAUCUGCGCAGAUAUUUUUCCAGCAGUUAUAUUUUAAUGAAUAUUUUAAUUGUUAGAUUUUCGCAGUACAGUUUUUGCAUAUAUUCCUUCUUUCGAUGAAAUAAAAAUAUAAAACACACAUGUAUGUAUAUACAUACAUAUCAUUUUAUAUGAUUUUAAAUUUUUCAAAGAUAAUCUAAAUUAUAGUAAAAUAGAAUGAAAAAUUCUAAAACAGUACAUUGCCUGAGCAUUUAUCUUUGCUAAAUGAUUAUGACGCACUAAUAGGAUAAAUAUAUUUAAUCAGAUAAAGUAAAAAGCUCCUUUAUAUUUUUGGUAAGACUUAUUUUAUCUAUAGAAUAACAAAGACAAUAGCAGGAAACCUACGAGUUUUUGAAACCUCGAUUUAAUGUUAAAAAUAGGUAUGUAUUUAUUAUUAAUCGAACUUUGCAUAAUUUGUACAAAUACACAAUUUAUUCCACAGAAAUGAUGAUAAGUAUUAUUUUUAUAUGAAUACAUAUAACACAUACUUGUACAAACCAGAACUCUGUUUUUUUUUUUCUCUAUUUUGUGACAGAUAAAUCUAAAGGUGUUUACAGGGUAAGGCC